GUGUGGGAACUCUGAUUAGUGUGAAGGCUUAUGGUCAAGAAUCUUCCUGGCUAUAUGGCAUUUACCCCUGUGUCAGAAGUUAUUUAUUGCGAAUGGUGCAUCAGUCUUUACCCAUCAACUUCAACAUUUUCAUUCACUUUGGUUUAAAAUGUUUGCUUUUCUAAUUGUGUAUCUGUCUCUGUUGGGAAUUGGAGCCCAGCAUGAUGCUCAUAACCAGACUCAAAUUGCAAAUGAUGAAAAUGGGCCAUUGAACAGGACUGAAGAGGACAAUGGAACCAUUGCUAAGGGAUUUCAUGACCUGGCAGGGAUCCGUUCCUUUUUACCUGAUCAGGAGUGGAAAGGGAGGAUCAUUGGUGGUGUGGAGGCUUGGGCCCACUCCUGGCCUUGGCAGGUGUCCCUACGCUUGGUCACCAUUCCAGCCUGUGGUGGUGCCAUCAUCGCCCCUCAGUGGGUACUCAGUGCGACACACUGUUUCAAGCGAUUCAUGUUUUACAGGCACAACACAGCACCUUUCUGGACUGUGUUGGCGGGAAAACAUGAUCUUGAGAACCCUAAUGAAUACUGUCAACAGUUAGUUGGAGUUUCCAAAAUAAUGACCCACAAGGAUUACUUUGGCAAAACAAAGAUGCAUGACGUUGCCCUGGUGAAGCUAAAGACUCCACUGAUGUUCAACCAGUGUGUGAAACCCAUUGAACUAUGGAUGAGACCAAUCAACCUCAAUAAGAAAUGCACAGUGACUGGCUGGGGAUCCACUCGAGAGAACGGGCCUCAAGCAAACAGACUCCAGGAGGUAAAUGUGACUGUUCUAUCCACGGAGUCCUGUAACAAUUUCUAUCAUGGUAUAGUGCCGGCAACUAUGUUCUGUGCUGGAGAGCCUGAAGGAGGCGUAGAUGCCUGCCAGGGGGACUCUGGUGGACCUCUGUCCUGCUACACAGGGUCCAAAUAUGAGUUGGCUGGAGUGGUCAGCUGGGGGGUGGGCUGUGGGAGAGACCACAAACCUGGUGUCUAUACUAAAGCACAAGUCUACUUUGACUGGAUUAACGAAAUAAUUAAAGGUGAAGAGAUAUUGUCUGAUGAUUCUGGGGUUGUGCCUCAAGAGAGCUGCGGUCAGGGUGAGAUCUUGACCUGUCGGUUGGACUCUGGCCAGGCAACGGUGUAUGCGACCUCAGAGGGUGAGGGGCAAGUGAGGAGUGUGAUGGAGGCAUGCCCCAAUUCCUGGCCAUGGCAGGUCAGUCUGCAGUCCAAAGGGAGGCACUACUGCAGUGGGACCCUGAUCCAUCAUCACUGGGUCCUGGCACCGCAACACUGUCACUGCAAAGCUACAGUUGACAUGGUUGUGCUGGGAGUUCACGACCUCCGGUUCAUGGCUUCCCAGACAAUCCCAGUGGAGGAGGUGUUUAAUUUCCCCAACAACAGAACCUUCCCUCUCACCGCUGAUCUCACACUCAUCAAGCUAAGUGUUCCAGCUCAAUUUGAUACCACCAUAACUCCAGUCUGCCUUCCAGAUAAGGAUGUGACUCUGGAUGACAGCUGGUCCUGUGUGACAACAGGAUGGGGAUUCAGCAAAGCAUCACCAAAGCUUAGCGGAGCCACCCUUCGCCAGGCCAGGUUGGGGUUAGUCAAUAGGACAGCUUGCAAAGAGAGCUGGGGAGAAGACCUCAUUACAGACAAUCUACUGUGUGCAGACUCAUCUGGAUCGGUCUCCUGCAUGGGGGACUCUGGUGCACCACUCCUUUGCCAAAAAAGAAAAGGGGUCUUCUAUCUCUUUGGGCUAGUCACAUGGGGCAGCCCACACUGUGAUGUUCGUACACCAGCAGUCUUCUCUCAAAUAACAGCUUAUCAUUCCUGGAUCAAUGGCUUAACUAAGGAAAUCUGACUCACAUUAUAACAGAAUAUACUGUUCCUCAUGAAAUGAAUGGUUACUAAUUCCUUUAGUAUUCAUUUUAGGACAUGUUUGAAAAAGGCACAGAAAGACUGUUUGAUGUUUAUUUAGUCAAGCAACAGUGGCCCAGGAAAUGUUUAAUCAGUGUAAUAACCAAGCCUGCAUUCUAAGGGUUUGCUUGGUCAAUACUUUUGCCUGGCAUCUAAAUACUUUUUGAUGUCUUAUCUGUUUUGAUUCUGUUUAAAAAUAUUUCUACUUAUUUUGAUAUGUUAGCCAAAAGUGUAUAUGCUUGCAGAGAUAGGAGAAUAUGAACCUAUGUACUGACUUUGUGACCUAGAGUAAUUCAGCAGUUAAAGCAGCCUUCUGCAGUGCCCAUAUACUGAUGCAACAUGUUUUGCUUUUUUAGCAACAUUUGUACCCUUCACCAAUUUCUGUCCAAUAAAGCAUCAAAUUAC